AAAGCCAGAGAGAGAGAAAGGAAAGAGAGAGAAAAGCAGGAAGCUGCCACCGAGUUACCUCCCCAACCACGCCUCCUUUCUUUCUUCUCCUGGAAAAACCACUAUAAAGCCAUCCCUAUUCCCCACAGCUCUUCCUUUCUCACGACAUCUUUGAAUCUUUCUGUUACAUAAUUCCGCUUUCUCUGCCUCUACAUCUUCAUCCCGAUUACCCUUUUUUUUCUUUUCCCUUUCUCUCCACUUUUUCGUUUUCUCCUCCUUUUUCUAGUUUGGUUUUCCAUAACUUUCCCGGAAAAGAUUUUCCGAUAUAUAUAUAUAUAUAUAUAGGCAUGGAAAAUCCUUCAGGUGUCAUUUCCAGGGAAGAAGACGAGCCGAUGGAUUUGCCGCCGGGAUUUCGAUUCCACCCUACCGAUGAGGAGCUCAUAACUCACUAUCUUUCUCACAAGGUUCUUGACAGCCACUUCUGUGCCAGAGCCAUUGGAGAGGUCGAUUUGAACAAGGUUGAGCCCUGGGAGUUGCCUUGGAGAGCCAAAAUGGGCGAAGGAGAGUGGUACUUCUUCUGCCUCCGCGACAGGAAAUACCCAACUGGUCUGAGAACGAACAGAGCCACGGAGGCCGGUUACUGGAAAGCCACCGGAAAAGAUAAGGAGAUUUACCGGGGAAAAGCCCUUGUCGGGAUGAAGAAGACUCUGGUUUUCUACAAAGGCAGGGCCCCCAAAGGGGAAAAAACCAACUGGGUCAUGCACGAAUAUAGGCUGGAGGGCAAGUUUUCCAUCCACAACUUGCCCAAACCAUCCAAGAAUGAAUGGGUGGUCAGCCGAAUUUUCGAGAAGAGUUCGGGUGGGAAGAAGAUGAUGCCGGGGUUGGUGAGGAUGAGCAGCUACGAGGAUGAGCUGCAGGCCUCAAAUUUGCCUCCAUUAAUGGAGUGCUCGGCCUACGACGACUCUCAGGUGACCGGGUUCUCGGAUCCGGCGGAGGAGGAGGAGAAGAAACCGCCGGCGCCGGAGGAGAUGGUCGACAGCUCAAAGCUCUGUGUUCCGGAUCCAGACUCAUUCUUUGCGCCAAAUACAGAGAAUUUGCAGUACGUGGAGCCUGGUUUGAUGCCGGAUCAAUCCAUUCUGAGAUUCUUAAUCCACAACAACGGCCUCAACAUGAGGAGAUCUUAUGAUGAUCAAGGAGAUCCGAUGUCUUCUUCUUCUGCUGGGCCAGUGGAUCUUGAUUGUCUCUGGAACUACUAAAACUAAAUUCUCAGAGUUUCCAGUAGCUGAACAAAGAAGAAGCAUAGGAAAAACAGGAAAAGUUGAUAAUCAUCUCUAGUUUGGUGUAAAGUUACUUUAGAUUCACAAAAAUUGGUUCAUAAUCCCAUCUCAUGUAUUAUGCGAAGAGAAUUCAUUCAUGUUCAUGGUGGUUUCUUCUCUUGUCUCUUUGUUUUUUGUCACUGUACAUACAUAUAUAAGAGGUGCAGAGUUGCUUGCUGUUAUUUACAUUA